AUGGUAAUGAUGAUUCUAGAACCUGUAGCUUAUUCCAGACCGGUUCUUCUUGAUAGCAGCAGCAUUCUUGCAGAUCGCAUUCUUCUCAUGGACACGUUCUUCCAGAUUUUGAUUUAUCAUGGUGAGACCAUUGCACAGUGGCGCAAGUCAGGAUACCAGGACAUGCCAGAAUAUGAAAAUUUCCGCCAUCUUCUACAAGCCCCGGUGGAUGAUGCACAGGAGAUUCUUCACUCCAGAUUUCCGAUGCCGAGAUACAUCGACACUGAACAUGGAGGUAGCCAGGCCCGUUUCCUGCUUUCAAAAGUCAACCCUUCCCAGACUCAUAAUAAUAUGUAUGCCUGGGGACAGGAGUCUGGAGCACCUAUUCUUACAGAUGAUGUUAGUUUACAAGUGUUUAUGGAUCACUUGAAGAAACUUGCUGUGUCAAGUGCUGCUUGAAGUGCUAAACAUAUUAAGGACUCUUAAGAGGAUGAAAUAAUAUUUCAAUUUCCUUUUUUUCCUUUUUCAUUUUAUCUGUGGAAUCCAACAGAGGUAUCUCUCUAGACUCUAUGGUUUAAGACAACAUGUGGAAAAAUGUUCACAUUUGUAGAUUAAGCUGGAAUAUAAGAGCAAUAAGAACAAAUUUAUUUUGCUUGCCACAGUAUUAUGACUGGGUUUAGAAAUCUGAGAUCUUUAUAACUUAAUUAUGUUAGAGAGUAAAAAUAGAGUUGGCCUUGUACUACAGAGAUAGAACUCAUUUGUGUAUUGCAGAAAAAUCCAAAGUGGCACUGAAUGUCCUUGCUGAUUUUUUGAAAACUUGUUUCUUGGUUUUAACCAGAAAGUAAACAAAAUCAUCAAUAGUUAUGAUAAAUGCGAACAUUUUUGCCUGUUUAUUGAAAUAUAUCUGUGAUUUUCAAGCACUUAUGCAUAUACUUUUUCUGUACUUAUUCUGUUAAGGCAGAUUUAUUUUUAUGAUGAUUUGUUUAGGAAUUAUUUGACUUUAUAUAAGGUAAUUUUCAUGAAGAUAAUUUAAUGUUUUUGGUCAUUUGGAAAAAUAGUUUAGAGAUGAAAAGUUUCUGGGGUAACAGUUCCAUAACUGACAAAAAAUGUGGAAUUCCCAUAAAGUACCCAACUUACAUGAUUAAACAUGAUAAUUUUUUUAAGAAGGGUGAUUGAAAAUAAACCAUUUUGUCAUAAUGCAUUUUAGGAAGUCUGCAGUAAAAUAACUGUUGUCACUACUAAACCAAAAUUGAUUUUUACUGCAUGGUUAUGUUCUUUCCCCUUGUUUUUCUGAGGUAAAUUUUACAUUAUAUCCUACAGUAUUUUAACACUAUUUUGGGAGUUUACAUAUUACUUCUUAUUUUUGCUUCCAUUUUGUGAAAUGUAUUAAGUUGUUCUCAUUGAAACAGUAUUAUAUAAUAUUUUGUUGAAUGAUAUCAUGUGAUGCUCAGUUUUAUUUUGAUUUAUUCAUUAGUAUCAUUCACUUUUACCUUUUAAAGUUUACUUGUAGCAAAUGUUUACAUUGCUAAAGCCAGAUGUUUGACAAUGAAAUUUAUAUCAAGUACUGCAAAUAAAAGGUGGUGCUAUGAUAAAUGCUUAGAAGGACAGUUUGAUGAUUGUACUUGCAUGAACACAAUCAUAUGAUAAAACAGAAACUUAAAAAAAUGUUUAUAUGUUAUAUUCAAUUAAAUAAAUUGCUCUGUUCCAUUUUAUUUGAUUUGAACUGUGCUAGGCCUAAAUACCAAUAAAAUAUACUUUUUCUG